UGUAUGAUGCGAACAGCAAUCGGAAUCAUUAAAAAUUUCGCGUUCAUUUAAAUUUUACAAAAUAGUGUGUAAGGACUUGCAUUUGUAGAUAAUUCCUAGUGAGUUUAGUUCCACGCUAUGGCUUCCUCUAACUUUUUGGUGUUGUUGAAAACUUUUACGGACACCGUAAAUCGAUCGUUUAAAAGCGGCAACAUUGACCAGCUGAAGGCCGAGUACGAUGCGCAGGCCGGUGCGAGUGAUAACGACCGGAAGGCGGCGUUGCAUCAGGCAUUCCGUGAUUUGUUGCUGCAGAAAACCGGUGACAUUCCGGCGAUUGAAGGUUUCAUUAAUUUUGCCGUCGCGGCCUGCCGGCAGGAGAUGACUUCGCCCACCAUACCGGUCGUCCUGCUGGGGGAUAUCUUCGAUGCCGUCACGCUGGACAAAUGCGAGCAGAUUUUCACGUACGUCGAGAAUAAUGUGGCCAUCUGGAAAGAGGAUUUUUUCUUUACAGCUUGCAAGCAUAAUCUGCUGCGGAUGUGUAACGAUUUGCUGCGACGACUGUCGCGAUCGCAGAACACGGUUUUCUGCGGUAGAAUUUUGCUGUUUUUGGCAAAGUUUUUCCCUUUUAGCGAGCGGUCCGGUUUGAAUAUUAUUUCCGAGUUCAAUCUGGAAAACAUUACCGAGUACGGCGUGGAGGGCAGCGAAAUGGGUGAUCAGUUGGGAAACUCGGAGGAGAACGGAACCGGCAGUCAGCUUAAAAUCGACUAUAAUUUGUACUGCAAAUUUUGGGCGUUGCAGGAUUUCUUCCGCAACCCGAACCAGUGCUACAACAAGGUGCAAUGGAAGAUGUUUGCUGCUCAUGCUGGAAGUGUUAUGUCUGCCUUCAGCAGUUUCAAGCUGGAGGAGCCUCGCGCUUCGUCCUCUAGCAACACUAGUAAGUCGACUCCAACACCGAUGAGCAUUCCGCUGGAGGAACAAGUUCGCGAGUCCGGUCAUUUCUUCGCAAAAUUUCUCACCAAUCCCAAGCUGCUUUCGUUGCAACUCUCCGAUUCCAACUUCCGCCGUUCAGUACUGGUUCAACUGUUGAUUCUCUUCCAGUACCUAAAUUCGACGGUGAAAUUCAAAGCGGACAGCCACUGCCUGACGCAAUCUCAAGUCGAUUGGUUGAAGGAAACAGAAGUAAAGGUGUACAAACUUAUUGAGGAAUCACCUCCGAAUGGUCGUAAGUUUGCUGACUCGGUUCGGCACAUGCUCAGCCGGGAGGAGCUGUGGAACAGUUGGAAGAAUGAGGGUUGCAAAGAGUUUAAACGACCGGAAGCAGCUGGAGGUUCGGGGGCUGCAAGCACCGCUGGUGGGGCAUCUAAUGCAUCUACUGGGGAAGAAGCUCCCCCACCGAUCCGGUUGCCAAUGAAGCGCCCCCGCCGGGCGCUCGGUGAUCUUAUAAGGGAUUCCACCAAGCAGGGGAAAUUUUUCAUGGGAAAUCCAGAACUGACUCGGCUAUGGAAUACAUGUCCGGAUAAUUUGCAAGCUUGUAAAGGUGAGGACCGAAACUUUUUACCAUCCCUAGAAGCGUAUCUGGAUGGGUCGAAGGACAAGCAAGAUCCGUCGUUUGAGUGGAGAGCACUGCGUUUGUUGGCUCGACAAUCGCCGCAUUUCUUUACUCUCUUCAACAGUCCUUCGUACAAAGUGGCAGACUAUCUCGAAAGCGUUCGGAAGAAGAUUCAGAAAGACAAGGUGGAUAUCAAACAGGAAGUAGUGCAGGAAGACACACCGCUGCAGAGCGAGCAGGGUGAAAAUGAAGGGGAAGGUUUUGGUGCCGAGGAGGAAACUGAUCAGAUGGACUCCGAAUUGUUGAAAACGGAGCAGCUCACGCCGGAGGAUAAAAACACCCACAAAACGAUCACCGUCAGUCGGCAGCAGAUGGCUGAACUGGCUCCUAGCAUCGGUAAAGACUGGAAACGGCUCGCCACCAAAUUGGGCUACGGUACGGAUGAAAUCCAAUACUUUGAGUCGGAGAACGUAACGGUCGGGGAUCAGUGCCGGCACCUGCUGCAGGUCUGGUUCGAGGACGACAUGGACGCCAGCUUGGAUCAGCUGGCCUAUAUCUUGGAAGGGCUAGACAUGCUGACGGCAGCCGAUGCUGUGAAGCAGAUGUUAGUCGCGCUGAGUGACGAUAAGGUGGAAGAAGUGUCGGACUAACGACGUAUGAGCACAAAUUUAAUUGAACUGUUUUUCUUGGCAAAUAAAAAACUCAUUAGAUAAUUAGGUAAAA